AUGAGUUCUAAGAUAAACUUCUCAAACCCUCCAAUACCAUGCAAAUUUCACACCAAAAAACCAAAUCUUCUAAAAAGAAACACAAUCAUCUUCUCUUCCUUUUCCUCAAGUGAAAAACAACAAAAAACCAUUUCCACCACAGUUGAAACUCCAUCAAAUGAUAAUAAGGCUUACACUAUCAAUUUCAAGACAAAAAGUGCUUGCAAGCUUGGAAUUUCAAGGUAUCCUGAUUUUGAAUAUGAUGCUGAAGGAGGAAUAGGAAACGGUCUUGGUGCAAAGGCAACACAAAAUCAAGAUAAUAAUGAUAUUCUUGUUUCAUUUGAUCUUCAAACAUUGUAUAUUCCUUCCUUAACAAGCUCUACAACUAAGUUUCUUGGAUUGUCAUUGCCACCAUUCUUGAGGAUUGAUAUUGUUCCAGAAGCUUUCCAAGGAACCAUUGAUCAAGAAUCUGGCAAGGUUGAUCUUGAGUUUAAGGCCAAGUUCUUGUUUUCUGCUGGUAGUAUCUAUAAGGCUCCACCCUUGAUUGUGAAGACAGUGUUGACAUCUGAAGAAUCAAAGGGGAUAAUGAAGAGUGGAAGAGGGAUGAGAUUGGAUGAAGAAGGAAAAUGCAGACUUGUUGGUGUGGCAACAGUUGAACCUAUUGAUGAUUUCAUUAUGAAUUCUUUCCUUGGUCUACCAACUGAGUGUCUUGCUGAAUUAAAUGCUGUCAUCUUCAUUUCUUCUACAUCAUAA